GCUGGGUCUGUGGUGGAGUGACCUGCCAGCGGUGUGGAGAUGGCUUGUGGAGUACUCGUGGGGAUCUGGUUGCUUCUUGUGCAAGCAGAGCAUGGGUGUUCCUGGGCCACAGCAGAACCAAGCUCCCAGAACGCCGCCCAACGUGUUGGCUUCCAGCAGCCGGAUGGCAGACUGAGGACACUCAGUGGCCCGCCCCAGCAGCCGCUCAGACAAGUCGUCUUUUCUCCUCGCUCCGCCUGGUGGAGCAGCUCUGGCGCUCGGCCUGCAGCUGAUGGAGGUUCUGGUCCAGGAGUCGGUCCAAACGCAGAAGCUCCGUCCCAGACAGAGCCAAGUCCAGAGCAGAGCAGACUGCUUCCAAAACCAGACCAACAAGGGAAAUAUUCAACCACGGUUCAAGUACAGACUCGGACUCAGAAGUUUGGUUCUGCUGUUCCCAGAGGAGCUUCUGUGGCCCCGGACCAUCAGAACUGGAGGGACCGCGCUGCAACUGGACUGUUUCAGAGUUCACUGCACCUGGGCAAACCUCCACCCAGCAGCUCCACAUCUGGUUCCGGUUCUUCUGGGAAGAGCCCGUCCUUCAGUGGGUCUGCACAGCAGGAACCUUCCAGCUCCUUCAGACGCCAGGCUUCUGCUUCGCUGUUCAGUCCAGUUGGACCAGCACCACCAGGCCAGAGAGUCUGGAUGCAGACGUACGCUCGAGCUCCUGCACGCAAAAAGACCCUACAACGUGGAGCUAAAGCUGCGAGGCUGUCCUCUGAGACUAGAAACCCCGGGAGCAGGCCCGGUUCUGAGACCGGGCCAAAACCCACUGGAAGCUACAAACCCAGGAUCCUGAGCGUGGAGCGGCCGGCUCCGGGCUUCGUUCCAGCUAAAGUCUACGACAUCCCGCAGCCCUUUGGUGGGUGGGCUAUUAGACGGCUUGGACACUCAGACCAGAACCAGCUGGAGGUCCAGAAACCCAAGCUGAGGCCUGCACCUCCUCCAGAUCGGACCCAGGGUCCACAGCAGAAGGACAUGCACAAGGCCAAGGUCCCAAGUCUUCAUCCAGAGUCCAAAUGGAGCAGAGUGAAGCUGCGUCCCAAACUGUAGCAGGUAGUAGAUGUAAACCUGUAGAUGAUUCUGGGCCCGGUCCUGGUUCUAACACACGUGUUUGUCUGCAGGACCUGCAGUUUUUAAAAAGACCGUCAAUAAAGUUGUUUGAAUCUUUA